AUGUCCAAGAUCAAGGCCUUGGCCACCUCGCCUACUACCCCGUCGCUGAAAUCGCCCGUUGCACCGUUUGCCGAGCCUGGGCCUCAAUCCGCUGCCAACUCUCCUACCUCAACACGCUUCGGCACUCGGCUUCCCAAUAUUGUUACUGAGGAGCGGUCUGACGCUGACGCCGAUGCUGACGCCGAUGCUGACGUAGAAGAGACUGCUGAUGAAUCAGCUAUGCCAGGAAAUGACGGCCGAAGGAAGAAGAAGCGGAGAAUGAAGCGAUUCACAAAGGGUCAUCUGUCGACGCCAUCCACACCAAGUCGCUUCGCAAGCGAUGUGGACACCUGGGGGGCAUAUAACCGACUACUCCGGCGAAGAGCUAGUAUGCCGGAUACCUCCAUCGCUACCGAAAAUGGUGAGCAAGUACUGUCAGAAGGGGAUACUAGGGGCAACCCUAAGCGACGAUCUUUCCGGCGCGGUCACUCGUUUAUGGGCACAACAACGCGGCCGCCUGGCGAAGGUGAUGACCUGAACGACGUGGAAAGUUCUGCCGUCGUAGGUCGCCGUAAUGGCCAUUUGCGGCGAAUCACUGUAUUUGGUGGAGGCGGAGUCUCCGAUGGUGAUGCUAUGACGCCUCGUCGACCAUUCUUCAAUCCCGAGCGAGCUUCCAACUUUGGUGCACAGAAGUGGAAGCAGGUAAAGAGUACAUUGAAGCUCCUGCGGCAGAAGAAAGAAGACCGGUUUGACUAUUUUAAAUCCGCAGAACUGAUGGCAGAGCUUAGAGCUGGUGCGCCAGCGGUCUUGAUGCUUGCUAGUAUGAUUCAAAGGGACGAACACGGGAAUAAGAGGAUCCCUGUUCUCCUCGAACAAUUGAAGCUCAAAAUUAAAGACAGUUCCCCAAUACCGGAUGACGACAAGGACAGACACUGGGUUUUCACCAUCGAACUGGAAUACGGCAGUGGCCCGAGCCGAAUGGGAUGGACAGUGAUCCGAACCAUCAGAGACAUCUAUAAUCUCCACUUCAGGUAUAAAUUUGCUCUCAACAAUGAUAAGUAUAUGCUUGGCCGUGAUCCUGGAGGCCGUCCCAAGCAGCCCAAGUUCCCAUACACAGCCUUCCCAUAUCUGCGCCGAGCUCGAAACAAAGAUGAUGACAGUGAUGAGGAUGAUCGAGCCAGUGUUCGCGGCGACGAGACUGCCGGAGAAGGGACAGGAGGAGAGGCGACCGCCCCUGAGAAUCACGGCGACGGCACGCAUGACGAACGGCCCCAACCGAGGAGGAAAAAGUCGCGUGUCAAUUUAUGGGGCAUGAGAAGACGUUCGACUGGAUUUACGGACCCCGGGGAGAUGUCGAAUGCUGAAGGCACCGCUCAAGCUACCGACAUGGCAAUCCGCAGACAACGCUACGUGGAGAAGCAAAGACGGAUACUAGAAAAAUACCUAUCAGAAAUGAUAAGAUGGCUCAUGUUCAGAGCUGACAGCAACCGCCUCUGUCGAUUUCUGGAGCUGUCUGCUCUUGGUGUCCGUCUCGCCGCAGAGGGCAGCUACCAUGGGAAAGAGGGAUAUCUGCAUAUCCAGUCAUCAAAGGGACUUGAUUUCCGCCGAGUUCUAACCCCGGCAAAAGUGAUUGCUCGCCAUAGCCGCAAAUGGUUCUUGGUUCGCCAGAGCUAUAUAGUUUGUGUUGAGUCGCCAGAAAACAUGAAUAUUUACGACGUGUACCUGGUCGACUCCAAAUUUAGCAUCAGCUCCAAGAAGAAUGCCCUUCAACAGAUUGGCUCAAAAGACAAGACAAAGGAAAUCGACCUCACCGUUGAAGCACCCCCCAAAACGCACCACACUCUGACGCUGCACACAUCCGAGCGCAAGGUACGCCUGUUUUCAAGGUAUCAGUCCGUCAUGAAACAGUUUGAAGAUUCAAUCAAUGAAAUGCUCAAACGGACCGCUUGGUAUGAGAAGAAGCGAUUCGGCAGUUUCGCGCCCGUACGAAAUGGAGUCUUCGCACAGUGGCUUGUAGAUGGCAGGGAUUACAUGUGGAAUGUAUCCCGGGCAAUUAACAUGGCCCGGGAUGUCAUUUACAUUCAUGACUGGUGGCUGAGUCCCGAACUCUACAUGCGCCGACCUGCGUGUAUCAGCCAAAAGUGGCGGCUCGACCGACUGUUGCAGAAGAAAGCCAGGGAGGGCGUCAAGAUUUUCAUCAUCAUCUACCGCAACGUCGAAGCCGCCAUUCCCAUCGACUCCGAAUACACCAAAUUCUCGCUGUUGAACCUACAUCCGAACAUCUUUGUACAACGAUCGCCUAACCAAUUCAAGAAGAACCAAUUUUUCUUUGCGCAUCAUGAGAAGAUUUGUGUCGUUGACCACGACGUGGCCUUCCUUGGCGGUGUCGACUUGUGCUUUGGCCGUUGGGACUGCCCCCAGCACCCCAUCGUUGACGACAAACCUACUGGAUUUGAGAUGACGGAGCAACCAAAGGACGCAGAGCACUGCCAACUCUUCCCUGGAAAGGACUACUCAAACCCCAGAGUUCAGGAUUUUUUCAGACUCAACGAGCCAUACGAAGAAAUGUACGACCGCAGCAAGGUCCCUCGAAUGCCGUGGCAUGACGUUUCUAUGCAGGUUGUAGGGCAACCAGCGAGAGAUUUGACUCGUCAUUUUGUCCAGCGAUGGAACUACCUCCGCCGUGGACGAAAGCCAACUCGACCUCUGCCGUUCUUGCUGCCUCCGCCGGAUGCCAAAUUAGACGAGUUGGAAGCCCUUGGCUUGACCGGAACGUGCGAGGUUCAGAUGCUUCGUUCUGCAUCCACGUGGUCUCUUGGAACGGACGACACAGAGCACAGCAUUCAGAAUGCCUACAUCAAGAUGAUUGAAGACUCCGAGCAUUUCAUCUACAUGGAGAAUCAGUUCUUCAUCACAAGUACAGAAGCGUACAACACCAAGAUUGUCAAUCGCAUUGGUGAUGCUCUGGUCGAGCGCAUCAUUCGUGCCCACGACAAGCAAGAAGACUGGCGCUGUGCCAUCAUGAUCCCUCUGAUGCCUGGAUUCCAGAACACUGUGGAUGAACAAGAAGGAACCAGCGUCAGACUAAUUCUCAUGUGCCAAUAUAAGAGUAUUUGCCGUGGAGAGCAGUCCAUAUUCGGACGGCUCCGCGCGCGAGACAUCGACCCAGAGGAUUACAUCGGCUUUUACUGCUUGCGCCAGUGGGGUGUGAUGAGCAACGACGCUCUCGUGACGGAGCAGCUCUACAUUCAUGCCAAGACCAUCAUUGUCGACGACCGAGUGGCUCUGAUUGGAUCCGCUAAUAUCAAUGAGCGUUCGAUGCUUGGCACGCGAGACUCUGAAUGCGCUGCCAUCGUCCGCGACUCCGAGAUGAUUGCAUCGUCCAUGGCUGGAAAGCCCUAUCAAGUUGGAAGAUUCGCGCAUACCCUUCGGUUGCGCCUGAUGCGGGAACAUCUGGGCCUGGAUGUCGACGAGAUUCUGGAGCAGGAACGCCAGCAAGAGCUGGACCACGACGUGUUCGAGAGGGAGAUGGAGGAGAUCUAUCGCGAAGAAAGUGCUGAUGUCGGUAUUGGGUCAAGCAAAGCUCGGCGGGAUAGUCUUCCGAGCCUCCGUCACAGAAGUUUCAACUACGAGCUGGGCAUGGAACAAGCCAAGGCUCUUCAGGACGUUUCUUUGCCAUCUUCAGAGUCAGAGUCGGAGUCGGAGGCGACGUCUAGGAAGGCCGAGGGGGCUGUCGUUGGUAUGAGUCCGCAACAGAAGAAGAAGCAGCGAUUAGACGUUUCUGGAUACGGCCAGGACCAGUGGAAGGUCGCAGAGCAGACAGGUCUGGAUGAAGGUCGCGACUCUAUCAUUGUUGGCGGACGUGAAGUAUUGGUAGAUGACAUGGAUACCGAGGGCAAGGGAACCGUCCAUCAUCCGAAGCCACCUCAUGAGCUCAAUAUCGUACCCGACAUUCGACACGUCGGCAAUGACGGUUCCGGACCCAGGGAUCUUCCACCCAUGCCAGCAAUGAACCGACGCACGACAGAACAGCUUGGUCUCCUUCGACCCGCCCAGCUACCACCUCUCCCGAUUGUUGAUGACACUGAUAUCGGUGGCCCCGCGGUGCACAUCGAUCCUACAACCGGUCGUCCAAAGAGCGGCGCUUUCCACCCCAUGGCUGCGGAUAUUACACCUGCGGACAUCUCCAAAGACUGCAUGCGGGAUCCCCUCCUCCCUGCCUUUAUCAGUAAUGUUUGGAAUCGCGUGGCCAAUAACAACACCAAAAUUUACCGAAGAGUUUUCCGGUGUAUGCCAGAUUCCGAAGUCAAGACUUGGCAUGAGUAUCGCGAGUACGUGGAUUACGGAAUGCGUUUCCGCGCGAGCAUGGAAGGCAAGCUUAGCGGAGAGGAGUCCGAGUCCAAAGCCGAAACCAAUAACCAAGCUGGCCCUACCGCUGCCGGAGCGGGCAUCGGAGCGCCUGGUCCUGAAGCAAUUGUGGCCGCCGUUGAAGAGACGAUAACUGAGAAGCUUCCACCGCUUAAGCCAGACAUAAGUAAACUGAAGAUGGCGAUGGCGCUGGCGCGAAAUGGCGAUGCUGAGGAGCUAAAUGAAAACCCCAUGGAGCCGGUUCAACCAAACAUUGGUCCGCUCAAUUCAAAUCCCGUUCAAGGAGCCGAAAAGAUUGCGGACGCUCCGUCAACGACGGUAGCAAAUGGCCACGCGGGAGUUCCUGCACCAGGGGCACCCCCUGCUAAGCUUCCGGGACCGCAGUAUAGCAAGAAUACGGAUCGCAAGACAGCCUUUGCUACAUUGGAUAAGCCGCACUCGCGGGAGACGCCCCAUAUUCCGACGCAAACUCAGUCCGGCUCCGUCAAAAGGCGUCGCCGUGCCAACACGAAAGGGAGCCGCCGGGGAUUCUCCCUCGAAGACAUGCCUUCCAGAGCUGAUGCCGAAGAGCUGCUGAAGUUGAUACAAGGCAACAUUGUCCACUUUCCGUACGACUGGUUGGUGACGGAGGAGCAGAAUGGAAACUGGGGUUACCAGGUAGAUGGCGUUGCUCCGUUGUCAAUCUAG